AGCUGUCUGCAACAAAGAAGGCAACGUGAACCAAUGACCGCACAACAACUUUUGAAGCGAUAUCUGGUCAGGGAGAGAAAUAACGCUGGUUGUAUAUGGCAAUUUACAAUGAUAAUGUAAUGCAGUUAGAUCACAAGUCUUACACAAAGAAGGACAUGCUUCAGCUAUUGUUGAUUCAUCUUGUCUGACCUGCUGGAUGAAAGGAUGGACUCUCAAGAAUGUGUGACCGCUGAAGUCGAGUCAGAGGGCGUCAAUAAGGAUGUUCCAAAAACAAACUCAACGGAUGGAAAAGAUGAGCUCUUUUGUGGACCACAAAGGAGUGACGCCACAAAAGACUGUGCACCUAUGGAGAACACACACGAUGCUGCAGCAUCCCAGACUUCAAUGGGUUGCGGUUCUCCCAGUGGACCGGAUGAACCUGUUUUUGAGGGCAGCAGCAGCAGCGACACAGCUCUAACAAACACUGCUAAUGGGCAGAAGUCUAAAAGGUCAUCUUCACCUGGUCAUCACCCUGUUAAAACAACCGGUGUUGCCGAACAAUCUUCAAAUCCCAAACUCACGAUCUGUCUUAGAAUGAGUCCCAGGAAGGAUGUCAGUACGCCCCCCUGUGACGUGGAGAUGUUGAGUCCAGACAGCCCCGUUUCUAAAACCGUGUUGAUCAACAGCUCCGCGGACAACGAUCAUGAUGGCAUGGUAUGUGCAGAGGACUCUCCGCAGUUUGUCAAAUACUCCGAUUCUCAAUGUUCUGCCAAAGAAAACAUUGACAUGGGAAGUGAGGAUGCUGAGAAGGCCGAGUACAGUGGAUCAUCUGAAAUGAGCCAGGACUUAAUUGGAAGCCAGUCAGGAGCACUUUUUGAAAGAGGAUGGCUUGGGACACCCAUAGAUGAGCUGAACCGAAUGCCCCAGUGUGCCCCCCCUCUACCUCACCUGAAAGCAACGCAUAGCCACACUGUCACAAUCAGGACAGAUUUCCUCAGAGAGGGUGAGGUCCCUGUUCCACAUCCCAGCAAGUUUAAAGAUGCGUGGGACGACGGGGCCGUAAAGAUGCCCUGCUCUGAGAAGAACCUGUUUCCUAUGGAGACGGAGGAUGGAGGUGGCGUUCAAAGCCGUUGGGAGCUGAUCCAGACUUCCUUGCGGGGAGGGUUGAAAAGUUCUCUGGAUGUGAGGGAUGCAAUAUUAAGAUACAACACAGCCCAUGCAAAGAAAUGGGACUUCACUGCUCUCAACCUUCUUUGCACAGAGUACCUGGAGCAGUCAGAGUUACAACCCCUGUUUGAUGUUGUACUUCCAGCUAUGGUUGAGCUAGCCCUCAGUGCUCCUGUCCUCUGCACAAUGCCGAUUCCCCUUCUGAAGUCCAGGAUGAACCACUCCCUCACCCUCUCUCAGGAGCAAAUAGCCUGUCUCCUGGCCAACUCCUUCUUCUGCACGUUCCCCCGACGCAACUCCCGCAAGUCUGAGUACAACAAUUACCCAGAGAUCAACUUCUACAGGUUAUUUGAAGGUCCUUCACCAAGAAAAAUUGAGAAAUUGAAAACUCUGCUGUGUUACUUCCGGAGAGUCACACAGACCAAGCCCAAGGGUCUUGUUACAUUCACAAGACAAACUCUGAACACUCCCCCAAACUGGGAAAGUUCCAAGACUCUGCUGAAACGCCUACACGUCACUUGCGAGGGGACGAUUGAGGAUGACGGAUAUGGGAUGCUGCAGGUGGAUUUUGCAAACAGGUUCGUUGGCGGCGGAGUAACGGGACAUGGACUGGUCCAGGAGGAGAUCCGGUUCCUCAUCAACCCCGAACUCAUUGUCUCUCGCCUCUUCACUGAAGCUUUGGAAAGCAACGAAUGCCUCAUUGUGACCGGUACUGAACAGUACAGUAAAUAUGCCGGCUAUGCAGAGAGUUUCAAAUGGAAGGACAGCCACAAGGAUGAGACUGCCAGGGACGACUGGCAGAGACGAUGCACAGAGAUUGUGGCCAUCGAUGCUCUUAGGUUCAGGCACUUCCUUGAGCAGUUUCUCCCCGAGAAGAUGACCAGAGAACUCAACAAGGCAUACUGUGGAUUCUUCAGAAACAACGCCAACAGCAAGCACCUCUCUGCAGUAGCCACCGGGAACUGGGGCUGUGGGGCCUUCGGCGGAGACACCCGGCUCAAAGCACUGAUUCAGUUGAUGGCUGCUGCAGAGGCCGGGAGAGACGUGGCAUACUUCACGUUUGGCGACGCUCAGCUCAUGAGGGAUGUUCAUGAAAUACACACUUUCCUCACUGGGAGACAAGUCACCGUCGGGAGGCUGUACUACCUUCUCAACCAGUACUCCAGUUCCAUGUGCAAGAAUUGCCGCACGACGCGACCCGACGUCAGUCUCUAUAGUUUUAUCUACGAGAGAGUCUCUUCCCCUGCGUCAGCCGACGGCCCCGACUCCGCUAAGGAUUCUGGGAUAUCCCCUCCAACGUCGGACUCUCACUAGGACGGACUGAGCUGCAACUUAACUCAGCCGUGUGCUUACAAUCAUUUCCCCUGUUGCUCUCUCUCUCGCUCUCUCUCUCACACACGCUCCCUUUAAGUUUGGGAUCCCAACACAAGAUAUCAAACAUACAUUUGGGCUUUCUCGUUGGCGGUUUCAUAUUGGAGGCUCGUAGUGUGACUCAACAUGUGGUGAAGUGUUUCAGAGACUUAUAGCAAUAGUAAAUCCUGGUUGCUGUUAGGCUUUUCUUUAAUCUAAAUGUGAUGUGGAAUCAUUUUUGUUUUUACCCUAAAUACAAAUAUUGCCAAAUAAUCAUCACAUGCAUGGUUGUGGCCACUUCAUGAUUAAUAAUCCAGGACGUGAUCAUCAUCCCUUGUUAUAUUGUCCUAUAUUGUGUUUGCUUCUUUUUCGGAUGCGUUCGCCAAACCCAGGCGGUGGUGAUGUUCCUGAAGACGACGAGACGCAUUUGUUUAUCACAUAUUCUACAAACAUAUGCUGCCUUUUACAUCCCCUAGGAUGUAGAUGUUUAACUCACAUAUUGUCCUUAUUUUAAUGAGUCAAAACCAACUGUAAUGUCACCGGUAUGAGAAUCGUGUCAGAGGAAAUGGAUGCAUUUCUUUCAUGCUUGAUUUAUAUUCUGAGUAAUUCAAACAUUUUCAAAUAUAUUCACUUUUAAGCAGAGUAGUGCUACUGUAAUGUAAAUACAAAUAAAUAAUGGGGAAUCAGAUAUAGUUGGACGCAGAAUAUUAUUUUUGUUAAUGGUUUUUACUAAACUUUUACUUUGGCAAUAUCCUGUUUUUUUUAUUUUGAUUUACAGUAUUUUUUCUGAUUGACAGUGUGGGUUCUAUUUAAUGGUGGGUUCAUAAAUAAAAUUAAAUGCUGUAAAUGU